AGAACAUGUAAACCACCCCACCAAGUAAUAAAACAAGGCCCAAAGAUUCAGGAGACAAGCAGCCCAAUCAAGAAGAGAUGACAAGCCCGAACUAGGGCAAUGAAGAUAGAAUGACCAGUGUCAUCAAGAAGCUUCGAUAGAAUGGAGAGCAAAUGAGCAAUGAAGGAGAUGAAGCAAGCAGACGAGCCUUGCGGGAUUGAAGGCGCGAAGACAAAGAUGAAGCUUUCAAUCACAAGAUUCAACAGUUGAACAGAUUCGAAGUGAAAAUGGAUACUGCCAUGAGUUGGUUAUCUUAUGAAAUCGUCCGCCUUAAUUAGCAAAAUAUAACAGUGGCAGCCUCUUAAGCAUGCUUAAGAAUCAGCCGCUCUCUCUUAGGAACACAAUCUCGUACUUAAUCCGAGAAUGCAAAAGUACCAGACAGCUUCAGCAAAUCCACACCCAAAUCAUUGCAUUGCCUAACUUCAGUCAGAACGACUACGAUUUCCUCAUUAAGCGUCUUCUCUUCUCUUGCGCGCUGUCUGAUUCACGCUCCUACAGCUAUGCUGAGGCAAUUUUCCUUGGCAUAGAUACCCCCACUCUAUCGGCCUAUAACAUUAUGAUCAGAGCCUAUGCGUCCCGAAUCAGCGAUCAUGGGGAUUCGCAUUCGUGUGAGUGCGUAAUCCUAUACAAACGAAUGUUUCGUAAUGGCAUUGCACCUGAUUGUCUCACUUUGCCAUUUCUCCUGAAGGAAUGCACUAGGAGGCUUGAUAGUUGCUUGGGCCGAAGCAUUCAUGGCCAAGCUGUCAAGUUUGGGUUGUACAAUAAUGUUUAUGUACAGAAUUCUUUGAUUGGUUUGUACAUGACGUGUGGGUUCUUAAAAAGUGGCCACAAGUUGUUCGAGGAAAUGCUGGACAGGGAUGUUGUUUCUUGGAACUCGAUGAUUAUUGGGUAUUUGAGAUACGGUAAUCUCGACAUCGCGUUAGCUCUAUUUCAGAGUAUGGAGAUGAGGAACAUCAUAACAUGGAAUUCAAUUAUCACGGGAUUUGUCCAGGGUGGUAGGCCAAAGGAGGCAUUGGAAUUUUUUCGUGAAAUGCAGUCUCUACAGAACGAUAUGGUUAAACCAGACAAGAUUACUAUUGCUAGUGCCCUCACAGCUUGCGCUUAUCUUGGUGCAAUCGAUCAUGGAAAAUGGGUGCACAGUUACUUGCGGAGAAGUGGCUUAGAAUUUGAUACGGUCAUUGGUACGGCUCUGGUUGACAUGUAUGGUAAAUGUGGUUUUGUAGAAAGAGCUUAUGAAGUUUUUAAGGAAAUGCCUAAGAAGGAUACAUUGGCAUGGACGGCUAUGAUUUCAGUAUUUGCUUCUCAUGGUUUAGCUAAGGAGGCUUUUGAUCUUCUGAAAGAGAUGGUAGCAGAAGGGGUAAAGCCCAACCACGUGACAUUUGUUUCCCUAUUGUCUGCCUGUGCUCAUUCUGGACUCGUAGAGACAGGUAGAUGGUGUUUUAACACGAUGAGAGCGUACUCAAUUGAGCCGCAAGCCCACCAUUAUGCUUGUAUGGUCGACAUCCUUGGCAGAUCUGGGCUAUUUCAGGAGGCAGAGGAUAUCAUUAGAAGCAUGCCCUUGACGCCUGAUUUGUAUGUUUGGGGUGCAUUACUUGGAGCUUGUCAAAUGCAUGGCAAUAUAGAACUGGGGGAAAAGGUUGCUCAAUACUUGAUCAAUAUGGAACCUAAUAAUCAUGCUUUCUAUGUGAACUUGAUUGAUAUAUAUGGGAAAGCUGGCAGAUACGUUGAUGUGAAGAGGAUUAGAAAGUUAAUGGAAGGAAGAGGGAUAAAGAAAGAAGUUGCUGGUUGUAGCAUGAUCGAAGUUGACGGGGUUGUUCAUGAGUUUUCAGUGGGAGGGCCACCGGAGAUGGUGGUGGAAGAAGAACUAACGCAUGCCUUGAAUCAGUUAAGUAAAGAAGUAAGGAUCAAAGGUAAUUUAGAUGGUAAUGGUGAGAUAUCUCUGGAUUUCCAGAUGUUAUGAUUAGGAGUGACAAAACUUUGUCCGAUCUAGAUGAUCAUAUUUGUCCGAUCCAAAAUAAAUCAAAUUUAGACAUAAGUUAUAUAAUCAAAAUUUGGAUCCAAACACAUAAAUCUUGUCCAAUUUACUUGUAUGAACCUUAACCCAGAUUAGGUUAUUGUUCGAUUUAAAUCAAUCCAAGUUUGAUCAAUUAAGUACGUUCGAA